AUGCUCCGCUACAGACACACUUUCAAAGUUGGCCCUUCUUCCAGCCAUUUCAUACUAGAAGCUCGUCAAUACAGACUCAUAAUUCGCGAGUUCUAUGAUUUCCUAAUCGUAAGCAAGAAAGAGUAUUUGGCCUAUGACGCGACCUUGAAGUUCUUCCUCCCUCCCCCCUCCCGACCAGGCUCCACCGCCCGGCCCACCCAUGUGCCCAUCCGCGAUCCGGAAAUCCUCACUUCUUCGCCUACCCGAACAGUGACACUCAUGGCCCGCCAUGGGAAAGUGAAGGCCCGCGUUAAGCGGGGCCCAAAGAUGGCCAAGCCACCGCCACCUCAAUUCACCAUGCAGCAGGAGGCCCUUAAUACCGAGACGCACACUCGACUAUGGUCUAAUAGCAACCUUCGCCACAAGGCAGUAAAAUUCGUGAGCGCGGGUGAACUGAAACGCAGCGAGAUCGAGGUGGAAGUUGAGCUCGAAGAUGUCGGCCAGGACGAUCGUGACGAAGAUGCCCAAAGAGAUCCCGACCCGGAGGCGGCAAAGCCCGAGAUAGAAGCACCUUCAAACCCAAUCGAAGGUCUCCAGACUGGCACUUUCUUCUUCGACUCGACAGGGCAACAACCUAUCGAUACGGGGCUACUAAACCCGACGCCGCGAUUGGAUCUGAGCGACCCUGAUGACUCAAGUGAAGAUGAAGUCGUCUUCAUGGGGCGCAAGAACAACCAGAAGCCCACCGUGAUAGAAACCGACAUGAAGGAGUUGCAGGGAAUCCUGCGUACUGCGUCCGAAGACCGCCUCGCACACAGCCGCGGGCCCUAUGAAGAGGAAAAUGACCAUUUGGCAGAUUAUAUUGCCAACAUGGACCGCCACUACCACACAGAUGGCGACGGGGAUUCAUACGUCCAUAUCGAAAUAGAAGGUGGUAUUGACGUUGGCCAUGCUGUUGCAGAUUCAGGAUCGUCGGGUUCAAGUAUUGCUGGCCCCGAUUUCGAACGGGCACAUGCCUGCAUAGAAAUCACCGACGAGGCUCAAGUGCAGAGCUCGAUUGAUGGACCAGUAUUGUCUAAGAUGUACCUGGAUACAGAACCGGAACCCGCUGUAAGCUCUGAUGACGACCUCGCUGGGCUGAAUUCCGACGACUCUGACGAAUAUGACGACUCCGACCUGGACACGAAGCAAGGAGAUAUUGACACCGAGUUCCUUGAAGAGUUGGCCAUCAGGUAUUCGACACAGAGGACUAAGGGUAGCCGUCCGGGCAAUCAUGGAUUUGCGUCAGCGUCCGCAUUUGCAGACGCCCUCGAGGCUGACCCUUACUAUGGAUUUGAUAUCAUGGACUUCAAUAGACCCAGCCUGCAGAAGAAGGGCAAAGGCAAACCCCCACCUGCGUUAGAUCUCAUGCUUUCUGACAGCGAUCUUGAGUUUAGCCUACAUGAGGCGUGGCAGACUGACCGCAAGAAAAAGACCGCCAAGAAGAAGGAAAGAGAGGAGCUUCGCUCGCAGGGAUUGCUGGGUAGGGCAUCCGGAGAUGCGGACUUGAAGGUCAAAUAUUCCAAGGGCAUGAACCUAGAGGAGCUGAUAACUGAAAUGCGAAACUUCCUCCUGUCGUCCAAGACCAGUCUAUCGUUGCCACCCAUGACCAAAAAUCACCGAAAGACAAUCCAUGAGCUGGCCAACACUCUAAGUCUCAAGUCACAGUCCCGCGGCAAUGGAAUUGCGCGGUUCCCGAUUCUCGUCAAAACCUCGCGUACCCCUACAUACACUCGCAAAACCAUUUCUAGAGUUGAUAACUUGUUAUCUGGACGGAAAUUUAAUCGUCGAAUUUUCCACUCCUGGGGUCCAGAGGGGUCAAAGCCAACCAAGAGCAAGCGAGGAGCCGUUGGUGGAGCCGUUUCAUACAUGGAGGGCGAUGUGGUAGGUGCCUCUGCACCAGAGAUCGGUGCAGAAAACCGAGGACGAGCGAUGCUGGAGAAAAUGGGAUGGAGCAGUGGCACUGCUCUCGGAGCCUCCAACAACAAGGGUAUCCUUCAGCCUGUUGCGCAGGUGGUAAAGAAUUCGCGGGCUGGUCUUGGAUGA